AUGUAUUUUUGUUCACACAACAUAGUCACCAUACUCUUUGCUCUGUCACUGGCUGUUCCUGUCGUUCGGAUAUUUUACAACGAAUCUUCCCCGCCAAGAACCGAAGAGAUCUGGAAGAAAUUUGCACCAUCCCUCACCAGAAAGCAGUUCGACCUCCGGUACGGAGGUGGAAAUAAUUACAGCCAAAUUAUUAACAUUGUUGACGAACCCAAUGAAGUUGUUGUUGUUGCCAUUGACGAGAUCACAAACACAAUGGGCGACGAAUACAUCGAAGCUCAAAAGCCAUUGAUUAGACUUUUAACAGAAAACAAUUCAGCUCCUUUUACUGUUGAAAUUAUGCCGUCGAUGGACACAAUUGUUGCCACACUUUCCAAACUGCUUGUGGAUAACAACUAUGAUAACAUCGUCGUCGUUCCCGACAACAAAACCAAAAUUUCAAGUGACGUAGACGCUGUUAUUGUCAAAUCUGACAAUUCAAACAACACACUCGAUUUGAUCAAAAACGGAAUUAAAACCGGAACUCCCGUUUUUGUUAUUCUUCCAAUCAAUCUGCUUGAACCGACUUAUUUUGUUAUUCAACUUCUGAGAAGAGAAAACACUUUUAUUGUUGUUCCAGUCGUCACCAAAGACCACAUGGCGCAGAUCAAGUCGGACUUUGUACCAUAUCAGGCAUAUUUGUACGACGCAAUGCUUGUUGCUUCACAUGCAGUUUCCGUAUCACUCACAAACAACACCCCACUAGAGCUUUUUCAAGGAAUGGUGGCAACACAAUACAAUGGGAUGAGUGGAGUGUUUUCUUUUGGAAUUGAUGGAAAGCGAGAUAAGUUUCUUUUUUCCAUUACACUGCUCGAAAAUUCGGAAACUUUGAAACAAUUUGGUUUAAUCGAUGAGGGUGGGUAUACCAUCACCAAUCCAUCACUCUUACCAAAGAAAAGCAAUAUUUUGGUUAUUGCCGUUUCUGUGUCGUGCGCUAUUUUUGUGUUUUUCAUAAUUUUUGUUGGUGCGGCAUUGAUUGUUGGACUGGUUGUCAGAUCUGCAGUUGUUGGCAAAAUCGGGAUUAGUGAUGUCGCACUCACCUUACCCCCGCUUAGCGCGACAAAUCACUCAAAAACCUAUUACGGGAUGUGGAGGCUCAAAAAGGUGUGUGUGAAGGUUCUCACCACUGCCCACUCGGCCGAAGAAAUAAAAAACACAAUCAAUUUUUUGCGAAAGUUGAAAAAUGAAAGGAUAAUCCGAGUGUAUGGAGGAAACACAAAUCCAGAGAUGAUAGUUAUGGAAUUUGCAGAAAGGGAGUCUCUCCAUUCGAUUGUUUUGUGCUUUGACGCCUACAUACAAGUCAAAGAGGUGCAAUACAAAGUAAUAGCACAGAUUCUUGAGGGAUUGACCUAUCUUCAUCAAAAGAAAAUACUGCACCUAAAUUUGACUCCAAGCAACGUUCUUAUCACAACAAAUUACGACGCAAAACUUUCAGAUAUGGAGGUAUCAGUUUUUGCACAUCAAAGGAUAGAAUUGAUCGACUGGAAAAAGAUAAAGAUACGUUACUCACCACCAGAAAUCCUCGACAACUCGGAACUGGAUGAACGGACGGACGUGUAUAUGUGGGCGAUGGUCAUUUGGUUUAUUGCAACGUCAAUUCACCCAUUCCAAGAAAUUUCAGACAAGAAGAGACUUAUCGACACAAUAAAAUCGGGAGAAAAGCCCAUUUCAAGUCUAAUCAAUGACAGUGAUUUGAUUGAAUGCGUUGAGAUGUGCUGGAAACCCAAAGAAAAAAGACCAAGUGUGGCCGCCUUGAAAGGCAUUGCCAAUUUUACACACUUCACACAUGUACAUUAG